AUGCUGAUUUACUCCAGAGUCGACAAUUCAGAUAGAGUUUCAUCUAAAUGGAGACCAAUUAGGAUAUCAGUUAAUUAUGAUAUGUUAGAAGGGAAAGUAUAUGAUCCAUUAUCAUGCAGAAGUAUUGGUCAAAAAAUCAAAUUGGACAAUAAUGAAAUUCAUAUAUGCGAAAAUAAAGAUAUUCUCACAGAAAAACAACUUUUAGCUAUCAAAGGUACAAUGGAAAAUGCAAUCAGGUUUUUAAGAAAUACUAUAAAGGUUCAAUCACGUUUAGAUCCAAUUAAAAUUGUUCAUGACAAUAUACAGCAAGUUUAUUCAGAUACAGAUUUAAUUAUAGUGUGUACCUAUCAAUAUGUAGGUUGCCUUGCUGAUGAAACAAGUAUAGCAAAUGAUUAUUAUUCACGCACUGUUUUAGCAAGGAUUUGCUUCAAUCCAUUAUAUGUUCCAGAUGAAGCUGUUGAUGAAAGCGACGAUAAAAAUAGCUUUUUUACACAGUUCUACAUGAAUUUAUUCAUUCUCUUGGAUUUCAUGUGGAUGAUAUCCAUAAAUAUCAUCCACAAGGAAGCACAAUUCCAUAUAAGAAUCCUCUUUGUAAUUUAA